AGUCAUAGCGAAGGCGACGUAGAAGCUAAGAUGUGUUUGUGGUGAUGCGAUGACAGUGAUACAAUUUGUAUACAUCUGUAUUCUGGUUUUGUUUUAUUCAUGACAGAUAUGUCAAGUAAUAGCCUCGAAAUUGUUCAUGAAGGUUGGCUAAUCAAGUCUCCACCGACAAAGCCUAUUUGGAGAGCGGUGGCGCACGCAAUUGUCAAUCAUGGUAUGACGAAGAAACAGGAUAAGGACCUCUUUGGGAGAAGGAGCGUGCAGCGUUCGUGUCGAGUGGUGUAUGUGGCGCCCAUGUACUUCCCCAGUGGUGGGCUGCCUCCUGCGGAGCAGCCUUCCAAAUACCUGCACUGUGCAACCCGCUGGCGGCGUCGGUGGUUCGUGCUACGUCACUCCGGGGAGUUGCCUGGACAGUACUUCCUGGAGUACUAUGCGGACCGCAACCGGCGCAAGCUCAAAGGCAAGAUAGACCUGGACCAGUGCGAACGGGUUGAUGCAGGUUUAUCAUUUGAAAACCGGAAGGUGAAGUACCAUUACAUGUUUGAUGUCCAAACUCCGAAGAGAACGUAUUACCUUGCAGCUGACUCGGAAGAGGACAUGAACAAAUGGGUUGAAUGCGUAUGCCAAGUUUGUGGACUUAAGGCAUACCAAGAUGAUGAUGUUGAUGUGGAGGAAGCAGCAGAUGCAGUACAGCUCCCUAUGUUGCUUGUAGCUGCCGAUGGUGCUGCUGCUGUUGAAUGUGUGCCAGAGAUGAGGGGCAGUGCCACAAAUAUCAGUGCUACAAAUACAAGUACGAGUGCAACGGACUCGCCACCAGUAUCACCAGUUAGCACUGUCUCGGGUCCAUACAUAGCUAUUAGUGAAUGCAUAUCAGGGCAUCCACUUACAGGGCCAGAGGAUAAUCUGGACGAGCUGCUGCAGCGUGAUACUCAUAUAUUCAUGACCCGUGCCCAUUAUGGACUUGUCAACACAGAGUAUGGUACAGCUGUCCACCAAGCUCGAAGUGUGAAGGGAAAGGAACCAGAACCAUCAUCUGUUAAACCUACUAUAGUCCUUCAGAAAGCACCUGUACCUGCAGCACGCAAGCGGCAAGUGUAUGAAGAGGCACCACCCCCAGAAGUAGUAACUGGAGAAUUUUAUGACUUACCACGAAAGCUACAUCCGCCAAACUUAGACUUGCAACAGAGCAGUGGCACUGGCUUGGGAACACCACCCCACAGUCCUAACACGGAUGGAGAGAGUGUGUUCACAGAUGAUGAUACUGUUGGACCAGGUCACGGAACUACACGCAGCCUCCCAUCUGUGAACUGGGAAACUUUUCCCAGUAGUGCAGAAGCCGAUACAAUGAGUCUGCCCAGAACAACUCGCCCAUCAGACAGUUCAACAGAGGGGGAUGUUGGUUCAUGGAGCGUUGUUCGCCGCUUUGGUCGUCUAACUGUAGUUGAUAGUGAUAUACCACCUCCUGCACCACCUCGACCACCUAAGCCAUCUCACCUUACAUCAGUAGACAACAGUGCUGGGCCGAGUUACAUGAAUUUGGACAAUAUUUCCAGUCAGAGCACAGGAUCGACAGUAGUUAACAGUGACAAGGGUUCCCAGGAGCCUCCGUCACCUGUGUCACCACCUCAUACUGAUGUCAUUGUUGUAACAGACGACAUGUAUGACUUUCCAAGGUCGCAUCAGUAUCCAGUUACAGCAGGAUUAGUGUCUGGAGGUGAAGCUGAUGGAACUGGUUCUCUCUCUCGGAUGCCUUCUCUGUCAAGGCACUGUUACAGCAAUGCUGCUCCUGUACAAGUAAAUGGAGAUGUUUUUAGGUACGAUUUCCAUGAUGAUGUAGUAAACGUGCCUCUUCAAGAUGGAACUAUAGGUGACGAGCCACCAUCUCCACAGUCAGAGGGAUCCUGCUCUGGUUCUGUAGCGUCAUCAUCGACUGCAGCUGCAUAUUCCAAUUUGCCAAGUCCGAGUCCUCUUGGACAGGUGCCAACCCCACCAGCUGUGGACAGGGGCCUGAAGCCUGGCCGCAAACUGUCUGACACACUGUCUAUUGCUUCAAAUGAGCUGUCACCUGGUGCAUAUCCUGCACCACCCAGUGUGGACAGAAAGCUGAAGCCAAAUCGCAGGUUCAAGGAUAUUGUGAUAGCCGUUCCUGAAACAGGUGUUCUCAACUUGGCCUCGCCUCCAGCAUGUCGUCCAGUGAUGGAUGGAAGCCGCAGUCUCAGGAGGACACGUGCUGCUCCCAGUCCAACUCCCCCUUCUACAACAGCACCACAACUGCUGAAUGGACAACGUCAGCGAUCAGAUUAUAACACAAGUUCUGAUGAAGAUAAUCGGAGCUCUUUCGAUGAUGAUCAGAUUUCUCGAUUGCGACAUCGGUUGCCAGAGAUACAGUACCUGGAUCUGGAUCUAGAUUCUGAUACAAGUGGUAUGCAUUCUGCUCAUUUGCCAAGAUCCCCUGAGCGACCAGUUUGCACAGGAACUGUAUACAAGACAAUUGAUUUUGUGAAAACAGAAGCACUUAAUCACACUCGGCAACAUAUGGAAGAAGAAAGAAGGAGGUGUCCUUUUGAAUUAUGACCCCUGCAUAUGCAGAGGUAGCUCUGCCAGACUUCAAAACUAGAUUUUAAAAUAUUUUACUUUUUAAAAGUGCGGCGGCUGUCAUACCAUUAGAAGUAAUCAAGAAGUUUUGUACUUUCAGUCCUUAUUUGUGUGAUAAAUACCAUUGCAGCAGUAUUUCAUACAGUUUCUGUUCUGUCACAGUUUACUCAGAAACCUUAGUAAAAUAUGCAGAUAUUUAUGCAUACUACAGUGCAUGAAGCUUGUGAUAACAGAAAUCAUCAUAUCAGUAUCUGUUGCAAGAUAGUGACUGACAUCUGUUUCUUAGGAAUUUGUUACUUCACGUACAUUGCAGAAUGAGUGAAAUGCCCGUGUUCACUCAUCUAUUGCAUCACUGAUUCUUGAAAUGUAACACUCUUAAGAUGGAAAUCCAGGAAGCUUCUUUCCUGGAGCUGUGCAGAUUUGCAGAAUUUUUACCUGGUGAAUAUCUGAUGUAAUUAUGUUGCAUGUUAAGAAGUCAGAUUAUUGUUUAAUAGUAAAUGAGCUGGCGUCUUUUAUUGUUUUGGAUGUAAUGAAUGCAAGGGAUGAGUAAACUUAAUAAACUAGAACAAAAGUAACUAUAUGCUGUAAUUAUGAUCUCUGAAGAUGGACAAUACCAAUGCAGUGGUUACAUAUGGUGGCCCUUUAAGUGUUUCUCAGCUUGGUGCAACUCUUAAAAAUUCAUGCCACAUUGAUUCCACACAUGUGGAAAGCUGUAACAUUUAUGACUUGUGUACUAGGCUUCUUUAUAGAAGAAGCUCUUCUUGGCUUCAUAGGGUUGACUAUGUAAAUCUCAAGCCUCCCUGCCUUGAAACAAUAGAGUAACAUGGCUAGAAUGAAAAUCAGUUUGUGACACUGUAUCAUGGUGCAUCUGUUUCUUUCACAAAACAUUUUUUACAAAUUAAUCCACUUGUUCUGUUGGGCAUGUUACUUUCCAUCCAAGACUCUUUGGAAAUUGAGGCAUACUGAUUUGAAAUAUUUAAGUGCUGUAAUGUUGUAUAUUAGUAAUAUCCCAAUGAGUGUGACAGACCAACAGCUAAUCAUAGUGUGCUCCCUUUUGUGUCUGUAGUAAUGUGUCAAUCUUCUGUGUAGUGUCUCUGAAUGACAAUAAAGCUUGUUGUUUUAUGAUUGAAAAGCUGUUGGUCAGUCUUUCAUGUGUAUAUCACCAAAAGCCUUGUUGAGUAAACAGCUGUCAUAUCUACGCUGGUUAUUAAUGCACAAAUACUUGUGAAAUGUACCAUCUUCGCACAAUUGACUCUGUUUAACAGACUGUUGACUGUUUAAUGCCACAUUGUUACAUUAAAGAAGUAAUUAUGUCAUUAUGUAUAAAAGAGUGUAGUAUUUUGUAUAGUUUUUUCUAUCUUCUUAGAAGAGAUUUUUCAUACUGAUGGCGUCAGAGUAUAGAAAUGGCUGUCAUUAAUGUAAGUACAUUUAUGUACUAUUACUUUUGUAGUGUGCCAUGAAGUGCCAUCACUUUUUAAAAGAAUUUAUUUAUGAAUGUUUGUCACAUCAGUGCCGUGUUAAAUAUUGAUAGAGAAAUCUUAUUUUCCUUUUUUGUGCUGUAUUUUGUACAUGUUGCUCAUAAAGUUAUCAG